AUGAAACCGCCUCAGCAAAAGAAGUCCCCUUUCAUCCACUUACUCUUCUGUUUGAUCAAGGCACCCUACGAGGUCUUUCAACUGCAGAAGAAGUGUAGUCUCUGCGACAAGAUAACGACAAAUCGCCACGGGCAACAGCAGGAAUGGGAUCGCAUAGAAUGUUUGGAAAGCAAGGAGCAGGCUGAUGACAAAGGGGUACAACGAUCGAUCGACAUCAUCAAUCAACUGCAGCAAGAAAUCCUUAAACUUGAAAUGGAGAGGCGUGGACGGCAGAUCACGACACCUGGCUAUGAUCUUGAGAAUACUGGAAGUGCCAGUCUUGGGCCCACAGCUGAGAGCGCGGACCUGGUCGCCACCACUACCGCAAGCAUCGCCACCAAAUCUAGUCCUUCGCCGCCAUCGGACAAGCUAGAAGACAACAUUGAAGGGGACCCUUCUCUGCCGAGAGCGUCGCCGUCUGCGACAAGAGCGAGUGAUGCCUUACAGCUCGCAGAAUGGAAAGCCUGCCCACUCAGUCUCCUUCGGGAAAGCAACUCGAAAGAGAAUUGUACACGAAGAAGUACCCUGGCGAGAUCGCAGAGCAGUUCCGCAAUCGACUCAUGGAUGAGCGCGGGGCCUCCCAAAAUUCAGCUUCCAUCAAAUAUAAGUGCAACCACACAGGCGUCGAGAACCUUCCCGCGGUUUCAGCUUCAAGUUUUGAUUAUGAGAUACCAUUUCCUCGACACAAUUUCCCUCAUGAAGCCAGACGUGAUCAAGAGCCGUAUGGACAGCAUUUGCGCUAAAGCGCCAACUGGAUCAAUGAUGGAUGAUUUGGCGUCCGUUCAUACAAGGACCCCCAGACCAUGGUUGGCAAUACGCCGAAUGUCGCAAGAUCUCGGUACCAGCGUACUGCACACCAUACUGAGCAUGCUGUCGGAUGCCCUGAUGCGCACGAGCAACAUCUCACACGCUAAACCAAGCGAAUUUGCACUGACCGCCGGCGAACGAAAGCUUCUAGAGGGACCAUUCUAUGACUGCAUCUAUGCGAGAAAGCUUGUCAUGGUCUUCCUCCGUGAUAAUGUCCGAGCCUUUAUUGAUGGAUCCACAUUUCCGAAUGCUCAACCUGUUCUCAUAACGAAACCUCAGUAA